AUGACUACCAUGGGUAACAAUAAUGGCAAUAAUAAUGAUGAUAAUGGUGACAACAGCCGAACUGGUGGUCGAUGGAACUGUCGUGGCUUGACACUGCUAUUUAUUGGAGGAGUUCUAUUGGCGAGCAUUCGUCGUGAAUUUGCCUUUUUCAAAAUCUAUCGCGGCGAACAUUUGCAAUCCUCUUCCAAUAAUCGAGGCUCGAGUACGACACGACAAAUUCUGAGUCAAGCCCAACGACGUGCGCGAACCAAAUUCAUCAAGACGGUACGAUCUGAAGAACAGCCACCACCGUUGGAUCUACAAACAGUCCAAGUUGUCAAGGAUGAAAUCGACAAUCUACUCGGACAAGUCGGACAAGGCGACAAUUCCAUGAUGCUCAUGGGAGAUUUGAAAGCCACCAUUCAUCAAGCGUUGGAAAAUGUCCAAAGUCAAGCCACAGGAACAUCUACAUCCAUUACAUCUACAUCUUCCACUAGCAAGUCAAAAAGACCCGACGGACUCAAGAUUGCCUUUUACAUGACGACACACGUCAGUGACUUGCACCUCGAAUAUUUGCAAAAGUGUUGGCCGGCUGCCAUGGCCAAAUUGGAUAUUUUGCAGCAUGUCGAUCUCAUUGUCUACACGUCCAAUUACAAUCACGACAAUACCUUUCAAUCCCUCGGUUUUGACAAUGUUAUCUUUAAACGAUACAAUGAAACCGUCGACCCCAAUAUCCCCGAUCCCGACAAAUUGCCCAAUGACAAGAAUAUGCAAAAACAAGAAGGCGCGCUCCGGGGCAUGGUCGAUCCGUUUUUAGUUCAUCCCGGAUCGACCGAUUGGAAAACAACACCCGCCCAUUGGUUUGCCGAUUACGAUUGGGUCAUUCGACUCAAUCCCGACGUAUUGAUUCGCAACGAUACGUGGCUCCUAUCGCAAAUGCGAUCGCCGUCUGUCCAAGGCAUUUUUGUCCGAUGGGAUACCCCCAGUGCCCAACUCUAUUUGCAUACCGAUUUUUCCGCCUUUCGACCGUCUGCCAUUGAUUACGAUGCCAUGUUGCUCGAAUAUCAAACGCAGCGUCAUCAAGGGAAAUUCCGGGCCGAACGGCACUUUACCUUUGGAUUUCAGCACUUGUUAAAACAACAACCAGACACGCCAGCAGUGGCGUUUGUUCCGCGGGUCGUCAAAUCAACCACACACGGGGUGGGACAUGUGGGGGGAUACCAUUGUGAUAUUGUGCACAUUCAUCCGUUUGUCAAACAUUGUCCCGAUUACUUUCAGAAACAUGACAGAGUCAACAGAUUUUAUUAAUUAACAACACAUAACUACUAAUCGUUCAUUGUUCUACUAAUUACACGUAGCAAAGAACUAUACGAAACAACACAAAAAUGACCGACUCGGUCCCCGCAAUAAACUAGCCAGCUACUAUCACCUUUACGUUUGGAUUGGAUUGGGCAGAAAAUAAGACACGGCGCGUAAAUCAGAUACAAAACGUAAAGAGCAAGACCAAGGAAAGAUGCAUGAAACACGGCGGCGCAUGCUACCGUAGCGUGGCAGGUCAUUCACUUUCAUACAGCAUCACUACACAGCCCAACAAAUA